CAAGUCAUUUCUUCUCUCUUCUCAUCUAACCCCGAGAUCAAGCCUCUCCCAAAAGUCUUUAAAAAGAUUAACAGGAAUCAGGUGCCUAGUAAUGCCCCAAUGGCCGACUCAACCACCUUUACUGGUAUCGGAAUCCUGACCGAUCUAGUUAAUCUACUCAAGAACAAACACAGUGUCACAACUCCCACCAAUGUUCAACGAAAGGCCAUUCCUCUCCUUCUCGGACCCUCUCGUACUGUUCAGGACUGUGAAAUUCCCAAAGAGGAUGUCGAUGUAGUCGUUCAAGCCGAGACUGGUUCCGGAAAGACCUUGACAUACCUUCUCCCUAUUGUUAACCGCCUGAUUGGUGCCUCUAUGUACACUGCACCAGAGGAAUCUUCUUCUGCAUUUGGCGAUCGUUCUAUUGGUACUGUGGCCAUUAUUCUGACACCAACCCGUGAAUUGGCUCAGCAGGUCGAGGGUGUUCUGGCUGGAUUGGUGAACCUGCCAAAGUCGGAGUGUCCUAAUACCCGUCGCCUCCACUGGAUCGUACCUGGAACUGUUAUCGGUGGUGAUAGCAAGAGCAAAGAAAAGGCACGUCUUCGCAAAGGUGUAAAUGUUUUGGUUAGCACACCUGGUCGUUUGUUGGAUCAUCUCGAGAACACCAAGAGCUUUAAUAUUCAGAAUUUAAGGUGGCUAGUGCUCGAUGAAGCCGAUCGUCUGUUGGAUCUCGGUUUUGAAGAGACAUUGAAAAAGAUUAUGAAUAUUAUUGAUGAACGCACCAAGGCUGGACCUAGCGACAAGUUCAAAAAAGCUUUGGCCACCAAGUACUGGCCUAAGCGUAGACAGACAGUUUUGUGUUCGGCAACUCUUCGUGAUGAUGUAAAGAAUUUGGCCGGGUGGUCUCUUAUCAAUCCUGCAUUUGUGAGCGGCACAGAAAGCAAGAGGGACGCCACAGCUCUGCUUAAGGUUGGCGAGGGCAUGGAUGUAGAUGCAGAGGAAGUCAAAUUUACUACUCCCAAUCAACUCAAGCAGACAUAUACUGUUACACCAGCAAAAUUGCGUUUAAUUACAUUGACUAGUCUUCUCAAAUCAUAUUUUGUUCACAAGAGAGGAAAGCCAGAGCCAUCGAGCAAGAUCAUCGUUUUCUUUUCAUGCUGUGACUCAGUCGACUUCCAUUAUGAUUUAUUUGCUAAUGCAGGCAAUGAAGAAGAGGCUGAAGAAGAUGAAGAAGAUGAAGAAGAGGACGAUGAAGAAGGGGAUGAGGAUGCCAAGUUGAUGAAGCGUACCCUUAAGAAGAUUAUGGAAGUUCCCGUGUUCCGUUUACACGGUGACCUUGAGCAACAAGUGCGCUCAAAAACAUUUUUGGAGUUCAGCAAGGCAUCUUCUGGUGUUCUGUUGUGCACGGAUGUAGCUGCCCGUGGACUGGAUCUUCCCAACGUUGACCGAAUUGUGCAAUAUGACCCACCUUCAGAUAUGAAGGAUUAUGUACACAGAGUUGGUCGAACAGCCCGUCUCGGAAAGGCCGGUGGUGCAACAUUGUUUUUGUUGCCAAGUGAAAUUGAAUACAUUGAUAUUCUCAAAGCACAGGAAUUAACCCCAGAACCUGUUGAGAUGGAAUCCAUUUUGCGCACAUUGGCUGAUACGCCACAAGGCGACUACCAGAUUCCUGCACAGGACCUGCAAAAUGCAAUGGAACGUUAUACGAUCACAGAUGAAGAACGUGUGACAUUGGCAAGAAAGGCUUAUUGGUCAAGCGUAAGGGCGUAUGCAACACACUCUGCGACAGAGAAACAUAUCUUCCACAUCAAAAACCUUCAUUUGGGCCACCUGGCCAAAUCAUUUGCGCUCAGAGAGGCUCCUUCCAACUUGCAUGAGCAGAGUAAGGGACGUAAGAAGAAGGAGGCAAAGAAGGAG